AUCAAAACCUUGCCCAAACGCACGGACGGACCUAAACAAUUAUCCAACAACGAAAUACCGCCUGCUGUUGCAUUUCCUCCUAUAUUGCAAGACAGGAUAUUUUUUAUUUUAAAAUGACUACGGUGUAUCCAGAAAGCACCUCUAUCGUUACAUCAGCAGGUGGUUUGAUGUCCCUGCUGGACGAAUCAGAAAAAGAAUUACAGAUACACGCACUGUUAAAGAUAUAUGAAUUUAUAGAUCAGUUAUGGCCUGAGAUUUCUGACGAUGUUACAAAAAUUGAAGUUAUGUAUGAAGAUCGCUCUUUUCCUGAACGGGAAUUGGCAGCGUUAGUGGUUUCAAGGGUCUAUUAUUAUUUGGGUGAAUACGAUGAAGCCCUCCAAUUUGCUUUGGCUUCCGGUACAAAGUUUUUACAAGACAAAAACAGCAGCUUCAAAGAAACCCUAAUUUUCAAGUGUAUUGACACUUUUAUUCAACAAAGCUCUGAGCGCUAUUCCAAUUAUGAACUUGAGCCUAUGGAUGAACGUUUGAGUGGAGUCGUUGAGGGAAUUUUUCAAAAAUGCUAUGCCAACAAGGAAUGGCGACAUGUUUUAGGUAUUGCAAUCGAAGCUCAUCGUCUUGAUUUAGUUGAAUACAUUUUGAAUACUGCUAAAGAUGAUGAUUUAAAACCUUAUGUCCUUGAGUUGGUGUUGACUGUCGUUCUUGAUAUUGAAUUUCGCAAUCGUCUUUUGCGUCUUCUUUUGAGCUCCUUUUUAGUAGAGAAUGAGCCAGAUUAUUUCUCUGUUGGAAAGUGCGUAGUUCACUUGAAUGACGCUUCCGUUGCUGCGAAGCUUUUGAUGAAAUUAUCUUCUCAAAGUGAUGACAAGAAUUUAUUGACUGCCUACCAAUUAGCUUUUGAUUUAGAGGAUUCUGCUCCUCAAGAAUUUUUAAACAGUGUCAUAGACCUCUUACCUGCUCCUGUCUCAUCAGAUCAUGAAGGCAACUCCGAGAACGUAGAGGUCGAUGAAUCUUCACCAAUCUCCCGGAUCCAUUAUAUCCUGUCUGGUGAGCAAACUGUUAAAUAUCAUCGGGAAUUCUUAUAUUCUCAUAACAAUACGGAUAUGCUCAUUUUAAAUAAGACAAAGGAUUCUCUUGAAUCCAGAAACUCAAUUUUCCAUAAUGCCGUUACUUUUGCAAAUGCCUUCAUGAAUUUUGGUACCUCUUAUGAUAACUUUUUCCGCGAAAAUCUUUCUUGGUUGUCUAAAGCGAACAACUGGUCCAAAUUUACAGCCACUGCUGCCCUUGGUGUUAUUCAUAGAGGUUACUACAACCAAGCUAUGAAUAUUGUACGCCCUUAUUUACCCGAAGAAGAUGCUCCGUCUAGUUCCGUUUAUUCUGAGGGUGGUGCUUAUUAUGCGAUGGGUCUCAUCAAUGCCAAUCACGGCCGCGGUGUUACAGAUUAUUUGCGUGAGCAACUGAAGCGUUCCGAAGAUGAAACGGUCCAAUAUGGUCUCAUCCUUGGUUUAGGUCUUACUGGUAUGGCUAGCCGUGACGAAGGUCUUUUUGAUGCCGUUAAAACCGUGCUUUUUAACGACAAUGCCGUUGCUGGUUCUGCUGCUGGUAUUUCCAUGGGUCUUAUCAUGCUCGGUACUGCAUCAUCUACUGCUAUCGAUGAAAUGUUGCAAUAUGCUCAUGAGACACAACACGAGAAGAUUAUCCGUGGUUUGGGUAUUGGCAUUGCUUUAAUUGUUUAUGGUCGCCAACAAGAAGCUGACAGUAUAAUUGAACAACUAAAUGCUGACUCCGAUCCUGUACUUCGUUAUGGUGGUAUGUUUGCCACUGCUUUAGCUUACUGUGGUACUGGUAAUAGCAAGAUUAUUCGCAAGCUUCUUCAUGUUUCUGUUAGUGAUGUUAACGAUGAUGUGCGACGGGCCGCUGUUUGUGCAUUAGGUUUUAUCUGCUUUAAAGACUCUACUGUUUUAAUAUCUACAGUUGAGCUCCUUGUUGAUAGCUAUAAUCCUCAUGUUAGAUAUGGUAGUGCAAUUGCUCUCGGUAUUGCUUGUGCUAACUCUGGAUCUAAUGCCGCUUUGGAAUUGCUUGGCCGAUUAGUUGAGGAUGCUACUGACUUUGUUCGCCAAGGUGCUAUGAUUGCUCAAGCAAUGAUUCUUACUCAACAUAAUGAACAUUUAAAUACUAAGGUUUCAGGAAUUCGUAAGCAUUUUGAGCAAGUUAUCGGUGAGAAACACGAAGAUGCAUUGGCCAAGUUGGGAGCUACCUUAGCCCAAGGUAUUAUCGACGCUGGUGGUCGUAAUGUUACUAUUGCCCUUCAGACUGCUACCGGUAGUUUGAGGCUUUCUACCGUUGUAGGUUUGGCAGUUUUCUUACAGUAUUGGUACUGGUUCCCUUUAACUCAUUUUAUGUCACUUUCAUUUUCUCCGACUGCACUUAUUGGCUUGAACCAAAACUUGGAUGGCCCUAAGUUUAAUUUUGUCUCUAAUGCUAAGCCUAAAUUAUUUGCUUAUCCUGCUAAGACUGUCCAACCUGCUGCUAAAGCUGUUCAAAAGGUCGAAACAGCUGUACUGUCAACUACGGUCAAGGCAAAGGCAAGAGCAAAGCGCGCUGAGCGUGAAAAACAUGCUAAGGAGACUGAAGACGAUAUGAAAGUUGACAAGAAACCCGAUGAACGAGAGGCAGACAGCAGUGCUAUGGAUAUUGAUGAAGAAAAACCUGAUGACGCUACCAAGUCUGAAUCAACUAGAAAAGAAGAACCUAAGCGUGAAGUUUUAGAAAACUUUACUCGUGUGGUUCCUGCUCAAUUACCGUACAUUUCAUUUAAUGCUAAUGGAAGAUACUAUCCAGUUCGUAAAUUUACUGGUGGCGUGUUGAUGUUGAUUGAUCGUGAAUCUGACAAAGCCCCAGAUUUGAUUGAGUUGAGUAGGGAUGCUCCAACCCCACAGGCUAAUGCUGAACCUUCAGAGCAAGAGGCGGCACCACCAGAGGACUUCGAAUACCCUUUUGAUGAUGAUGAGUAGUUUAAAUCUAUCAUAUACAGGUGAAAAAAAAAAAGUAAAUAUUAGAAACGGCUUGCUACGAUUUAUUCUAGAUGAUUAUUAUCAAUAUAUACAAUAUAUAUAAGCUUGUAAUAUAAUCAAUUUGUAGGUUAUGAGAACGU